AUGAACAAGAAAGAAAUAAAAGGCUACAUGUUGAAGCAAUUUUUGGAUGCAGCUUCACAGCUCUCCUUGUGGAAAUCAUAUACUCCAACACACAUUGAAACAUUACAAGAUACUAAACAACUAGAUGAUAAUGAACCUAUUAAAGCUGUAGAUUCUCAUAUGACAAAGUAUCUCAAUGGAAAGGCCCCAGAUAUUUCUACUCAUUCCAAAGACUAUUCUCUAACUCCACAUAUUGUAGAAGUGCUGGGCGCCUCUUGGUUCAUGCUUUAUGCUGAGUUAUCAAGGACAGGCUUUACAGUAUGCUGA